AUGCCUCCCGGUGCGGCGUUUCUUGACCAGCCGGAGAGCACGGGUGUUGAAGAGGUUAUGGGGUUAAAUUUUUCAUCAGAUACACGGAAUACUAAAUUAGAUCGAACUUUGAGAAGAUUAGAUCAGGAUGUACGCAGAGCUGGAAGAAUAUCCAGAAGAGAACUGGAAGAAGCAUUAGAAGAAUUGAAAGUUUCUAAGUCUGCCACAGGAACACAAUCUCUUCUUCUUAUCCGUUGUUGUGGUAGUCUUCUUCCUGAAGAAACUUCAGAAAUGAGAACUCAGUUGGUUGACAAUGUUUGGACAAUGCUGCAUAAUUUUGAAAUGCCAAUGGAUGUAAGUCAUUAUAAUGCACUUCUACGAGUUUACUUGGAAAAUGAACAUCCUUUUUCUCCGACGGAAUUUUUGAGAGAGAUGGAAAAGAAAGGAAUAGAACCAAAUCGUGUUACAUACCAACGUUUAGUGGAAAGAUACUGUCAAAGAGGAGAUAUGGAAGGUGCUACUCACAUUUUAGAAUUCAUGCGAGCAAAGCAAUUGCCUGUAAAUGAACAUAUAUUCAAUUCUUUAAUCCUAGGACAUUCAGAAGCUGGAGAUAUGAAAAGUGCAGCAGACAUAUUGAAUGUAAUGAAACAUGCUGGAUUAGAACCUAGUUCAGAAACGUACACUACUCUUCUAUGCGGUUAUGCAAAACAGGGUGACAUAGAAUCUAUAAGAACCACAUUGGAACAAUGCAAGAAAGGAGAUAUACCUUUGCUUGAUCAGGACUAUAUGGAUGUAAUAUACACAUUGUGUAUUAAUGACCACAACCAACAUGUUGAUGAAAUUAUUGGAAAGUUCCAGCACACUGCUGGGUUCAAUCAGGAUGCCUUUAAUCUUGUAUUAAAACUGACUAAUAAGAAAAAGUUUGAAAUGGCAAAGAAAAUUCUUUAUACUAUGUCUCAAGGAGCUCGUGAUGGCCAACUUCUACCAUCAGGAAAUUUUUUUAUCAAACAGCUUGUGAAAGCAAAUUGUCCUGCCGAAGAAAUAUUAAAAAUUUGCAAAGAAUUGCAAGAAGAAGGAUUAAAUGACAGAAGUCUCCUUAUAGCCACUGAAAAUUGUCUUGUACAAGGCAAUGUAAAGAGUGCUAAUAUUCUGCUUACAAAUCUUCAAGAACAGGGUUAUUCCAUUAGACAACAUUUUUUUUGGCCCAUGAUAGUAUCAUAUGGUAAAGCUGGUAAUUCUGAAGGAAUAUUGGAUGUUUUGAGGAGCAUGUCAGAAAAAUUCAGUGUCGUUGUGCAAGAAGAAACCCUCAGAGAAUAUGCUGUACCAUGGCUUUAUAAACUUUAUUUAAAGAAUUCUAAUGAUGUCAUUUCCAAGUUAAAGUCUGCUGGUAUACCUUUAGAAUCUUCUGUUGUAUCUCUUUUGCAUUAUCUUCUGUCAGAAAAUAACAUAAAAGAUGCAGUUAAAGUUGUUAAGAAAUAUAAUGUAAAUUACAUGCCCAACUCGCUGAAAAAACCAUUGCUUCAAGCCUACCGACAUACAGGAGACGCUGUAUCUUUUGCUGGAAUGAUGCAUGCAAUGUACAUUGCCACUGAAAAAAUAGGAAUGAGGAAUGUAAAUUCAAACUUCGUUGAUGAAGCUUUCCCAGUUCUUGAUCGAUUUGAACUUGUUGGACAGCUACUGCUCGACACUGUGUCCGGUGUUAGGAAUGUCAACGUGUCUGAAGUGAAGAAGUUACUAGAGGCAAUGUGCUCCCAAGGCUUAGUUAUUAGCACUAGUACUGCUGAAAGAUUUGUGGAACAAUUGGGAAAUGCAAAUAUGACGGCUGAAAUAUCAAACUUGUUAGAGAAGCUGACAAGUGGAGUAGUUGUUUCACAAGAACAAAGAGCAUCACAAGGAAUGGUAUUUGGGAGUGAGAACCACUUGACAAAUUUAGUGAACAAUUUGAAGGCUAAAGGUGAACCAACUCAUACUGCAAGGAAGCGGCUACUUAAUUUACAUUGCAAGAAUCAAAAUCUGGAAAAAGCUAAUGCUGUGUGGCAGGAAUUGGUAAAUGAAGACGUUGGGAUUGGUCCUGGGCUUACUGCCCAGCUCAUAGAUUUGAAUGUCUCUAAUGAGAAUUUAGAAACUGCAUUGAAAGUUCUAAAAUGGUUGGAAAAUCAGACAAAUGGUUAUAUUGUUAAUAGAUCCAAGAUUGUGAAGUUAGCUACUCUCUUGGUUAAAAAUAAUGAUUUAGAUGGUGCACUGGCUCUUCUACGUGACCAGGCUCAGAAGAGAACUGCAACCACAGAAGAAAAGAACUAUGCACUUAGUUCUGCCUGUCGAACCUUGUUGAAUUACUUGGCUGAUCAGGCUGACGUAGACAAUUUACGGAAAGCAUUUGAUACUCUAUUGCAGAAUAGUUACAUAGAUAUAAACAAUGUAAUGCUUGGUCCUCUAAUUAAAGUGCAUAUUGUCAGAAAUGAUUUAGAUAGUGCAAUGAAGGAGUUUGAAAAGUUAUGUAAUAUGUAUCGUUGUACACCAAUGAAGAAUGAACUUACAUGUAAACUCAUUGAAGCAGAAGAUGCUGCGUCAUUGCAAAAAAUUACAGAUCUAAGUACAAAAGUUCACGGAGAAGUAAAUAGUUUGUAUGACUUGGUGUUUGCAUUUGUUGAAUGUGGCCGUGUCCGACAAGCAAGGAAAAUUCUAGAGACUCCUGGUUUACUUGUUCGACCUGAACGUGUACAUUUAGCAUGCAGCCGUUACAGCCAAGAAGGAAUGGUAUCAAGUUUAGAAGGUUUAGUGGAAGCUACAAAAUCUUUAUCUCAUAUUGAUCCUUCUAAUAUUUACUUGCAUUUACUGAAGACCUAUUGUCAGAAAAAUGAUUCUGAAAAUGCUUUGGGACUUUGGGUGAAAAUGCAAGAAGAAAACUUGCAGCCUACAGAUGAAUUUCUUCGUUUCCUUGGCAAUUUUCUGAAGGAACAAGGUUUACCAGUUCCUUUUGUCUUGCCAGAAGUACCCAUCCAGAGCACAAAUGAAAAUAAAGUAAUUGAGAACUUUACAACUGCUUUGCAAGAAAGCAAUUAUUCAAAAGCAUUGGAAAUUUUGGAAAGCAUGGAGGAGAAGUUAAAAUGUCAGGUUUCCCAAGAAAAGUUAUCAUCUUUACUGAAAUAUUUGUCUUCAUCUGGGCAAAGGGAAGAAGUAUCAAAGUUGUUGUUGCUUAUGUUGCAAUUAAACAAGCAACCAGCAACACAAAUAUUUAAAACUGUGGUUAAUCAAAUAACAUCUGCUGGUGAUAUUCACACUUUAAAUCUUAUUAAUGAGUAUCUUGAUGAAUCUGCAAAGAAGACCAUUGCCUAUGAUAAUAAUGUGUGUCGUGCACAUGAGAUUGCUGGUGCAGCAUCUGAAUAUCUCCACACUUUAGAUAAUGAAGUAACUAAUGCAGGUCCCAGUGAUGUAGAGGCAUUAGCUGGAAAAUUUCCAAAAAGUGCAAUGUUGGUCUUAUUGAAAAAUCAUCCAGAGUUACACUCACAUUAUCAGAUUAUUUGUGAAAAAUACUUCAAAAAGGGGAUUAUUGUUCCAAUGAGUAUAUUAUGGAUUUACCAUGCUUUGGAACAUCAAUAUUCAGUUGCAGAUGAAGUAUGGAAUAAAUAUCUCAUCAGAUUGGAAAGCGUGAAGUAUGACCCUAUAUGUCGAUUUGCAUUACAACAUCUUGAUCUUCCAUUAGCAACAUAUGUGGUGGAGAGAUUAAAGGAAUCAAACAUUAUAAAAUCUUCUCAUGGAUAUGCACAUAGUUGUGUUGUCGACAUUCUCUUAACAAAUGGAAAGAUAGAGGAAGCAGUUGAAUUUGUUAAGAAGUCCAAAUCGGUUAUUUCAUAUGAGAAUCUUACCAAUGCAACGCGGAAAAGAUUAGAAAUUCUUACCAAGGAAAGAGGAAUUUCGUUGUCUCAAAUAACAAGUAGAGUGAAGAAAUCCAAACAGUUAGUUGUAACUUUUAUUAUAUUUGUAUGCAUGUUGUAAUACUGUUGAUGAAUGAAUGUGAUAUAGAUGAAACAAAUUCUGUAUUUAAGUUUAUAAAUAAAAUUGUAUUAAAAAUUAAGUGAAAUUGC